UCCACUUGCCGUUUCUGCAACUGAUCUGGAGGCAACACACAGCCCUGGUAUCUCAAACGUGGCUACAGAAACUAUGCCCCCAACGAAUGAGUCUCCAAACCACGAUCACUCACUUGGAUUUACCUGACCCUGUCCCACAGCAGGGCGGUUUGUACAACGGACCUGGCUACUGCUGAUUAUAUAACCGUUCCAGUUUGGUUUUAGAUCAGUGUUAACCUUGAUGAAGUGGAUAGCCAAGCACCUCAGUGGUCUACAGUACAGGAGAAAUAAAUUCUGAAGCUCACGGAUUCUGUGACAGUCAAAGACAAGCACUGAAUUGUUCUAACCUCAUUUCCAACACCUGGCCCAUAGCCUUGCAUGGCUUGGAUAACACUUGCACAUUUAAAAAAAAUGUAAGGAUGAUGAUUGUGAUGUUGGUAACUGGAAAGCCUCCAUUGUUGGAGGACGAGAAGCCGUAUCUAAUUGAAGCAGCACGGGCUUUUGCGAUGACUGUGGAAACCACUGCUUAUGCCUUGCUUCAAGCAUUGUCAAGGAAUGAUUUUGACUAUGCAACACCGAUUGCGAGGUGGCUAACGAUGCAACAGAACUAUGGUGGUGGAUUUCACUCGAUGCAGGUAAUUCUUCUGAUUUUAAAUUCACCGGAUCACCUUACAUGUCCCCAGUCUCUGUUAAUUCUGCUCAGGAAUUGUGUGCCGAAAUGCUCCUUCUCACAUGUAAAAGGUGAUGUGAAUUUCUUGUUUAACACCUGACAAUUGCUGUCCAGUUCAAACCAUACAUUUGCCUCUUCAUCCCUCAUGAGACCUGGUUUUCCCUGGAUUUUCUCUUUCGCUCUGAGACACUUGUAGAAGAUUUUGAGAUUCUCCCUGAUCCUAAUCCUGGUCACCAGCGUUCUGUUGCCCUCUAUUUGUUCUCUUAAUUGCUAUGACAAGA